AUGAACCACGAAGACAUCAAACCCCAGCUAUCGGCUGCUCAAGAGCCGCCGCUACGCAAACGAAAAAGGACCAGACGUUGCAAUCCGUCCAACAGACGAGUCCUUCCUUCGCACAAAUGCAAAGCCACCGGACCGAACCUAAGCAUUACACCAAGCCCUAGCCAGCACCAGACCCAGCUGUCGACCGAUCGCAAGACAAGUCGCGAUAUUUUCCCCUGGAAGGAGCUAGCUGGCGAACUGAAGAACGACAUUUACACAUACGUCCUUACCGUCCCGGAGCCGAUACACCUCUUCGAGUUCAACACAAGCACGCGUGUCAUGAAGCGGGACAGGACGUUUCUCCCUUUCACUUCUUUGGGGGUUAACCUUCUCCUUGCGAAUAAGGCGACCUACCGCGAGGGUGCCCCCAUUCUAUAUGGACAGAACGACUUUCGUUUCAGAGGCCCCCGGGAUCUCGACAACUUCCUGGUCAACAUUCGUUCAUGGCCACUACAAUGGCUGAAGCGAGUUCAGCUGCAUGUCCGCGACGGGCCCCUGCUUGACCUGGGCUUCGUCCCGAACAGAAUGUACAACCUGUUGGGGGAGGCGCCGGAGCUUGAGAAAUUCGUGCUCGUUGAGGAUUCGUGCUACAGGGUUGAUGGCCAGAAGCUUGCGCAGUACCUGUGCUCGUCGCUAGAUGCACACACCUGGCUGACCAAGCUGGUCAGCGAGGGAGGACUGUCAACCCUCGAUCGCAUCUUUACACGCGCUACCUGGAGUUGCCAGGUAGCCACGCAAGAUGUAGUCAGUGCGAAAAGAGUAAAAGUUGAAAACAUGUGGCAUCAGCCGGAAGUCAAUCACGUAAAGUUCCGAGAAGAGCUGAAAGCCCUAGUCGCCACAGACGCAAGCAAUUUCUUGAAUGAGAAGCCCGAAGAACACUUGCAAUUAUCCGACACGGAUUCCGAAGAGUCUCCGUAG